AUGGACUCUGCGUUAACAUUCGGCGUCGAACUCGAGUUUGUCGCCGUAUAUGCACAGAAUACCUUCACUAACACGCCGUGGAAAGACCUAAUCUGGAAGAAGGACGUCGACCUUUGCGAUAGUGACUUUGGCAACGGUCAGUAUGUCGAGAUUCACCACGCUCUUCAUUACUUCCUUCGCAAGCAUGGCCUGGGGCCUUCUUUCAACAGCAAGAACACGGAGCCUUAUACCACCUGGUCCAUCAAGGAAGAGCUCACCGAGCUCACCGCCACCGAGCGUGCUCUCCUACCGGACACUCAUGUGCAGCGAUCCGUGGAGAUCUCAUCUCCUAUUCUUCGACUUGAUGACCCAAGCUGCUCUGGUCGAAUCCAGCAAGUCCUGACCGUCCUGCGCUGGAUAGAACAGAACUUUGACUGCCGCUUCAUCACCAACGAAACCUGUGGCCACCACGUCCAUUUCGCACAUGGUAAGAAGGGCUUCUCCAUCGACAUCGCCAAACGAAUCUACCAGAUCUUCCUAGCCCACGAGCGAGCGAUCGAUUCCAUUCAUGCAGCAAGUCGAGUGACCGCGCACACUUGGAGACGUGAUGUGUCCGAGGAGGAGUUAAAGCGGCCGGAUUACGCCUCUCUGACCUCUCUACACGUCAAUGGCCACUUAUACCAUUGUGCUGAUGACGCCACGCGGAAUGUGCCUCAUGACAGGAAUCUCAUCACCUGGCUCCAGAACAUCGAAGAGUGCCAGAGCUAUCGCGCCUUGUGCAGAAUGUUCGAACUCCAAUUCCUGAGCAUCAACGAGCUCUACGGUCACGCCACCACGGUCAACUUCGAUAACAUGUUCCUCAGCAACACCGACAUUCCAAAAUCCAAACCCUCGGAGACAAUCGAGUUCCGCCAACAUCUCGGUACGCUGGACUUCACCAAGAUCUACAGAUACGUCCACUUCCUCGGCUACAUUAUCACCUACUGCAUGCACGCCCCGGACACCGCGUUUCUGCAAACCCUCCUCGCCGCCACACAGCCCGACUACACCUUUGAAGAUCUGUGCAAGGAGAUCAACAUGCCAGCAGACAUCACAGCUCUCUUCCACUACAUCCCCAACCCAGAAAUGGACACAGCAUCCGCCGUGCCAGAACUCCCCAAGUCUAUCCCCAACCUCCUAGCCCAAAACGCCCACGAAAACACCACAAACUACCUCCCCACCACCAUCACCCCCCUCCUGACCCAAAAAUUCCAAUCCCUCUACUACGGCAUCAACCCCUCCACCCCUCCCAUCACUCUCUCCCAAGAAGCCAUAUACGACCGUCUAUUCUCCAUCUGCACAAACGUCGGUCAUCAGCCUCCCACGGAUAUCAAGAUUCAUUACUCCCCCCAUGAAGCUUGGAGCAUCUUUCUCAAGGACCUUGCAAGUGCGUAUGGUCCCACUACAAAUACGCUUACCACUGAUCGCGCGGCGUAUGCGCUCGUACUGGAGGAGCAUGAGAGGCGGAGGGCUGAGCAGGGGCCGGCGGUGGGUUCGAUUUUCGGUGUGGGUUUUCGACACUAG